UCGGGCCCGGUAGCUGGGGUAGUUCUUGCGUUACGCCUCGCGGUGGAAGUUGACCCAAGUUUCAUUUCAUUCUCGCCCUCAGGAUCUUAAAAUGGCAACUUGCGCAGCGAAACAAGAGUUACCCGAGUGGGAAUUGCAAGGAAACAAGGAGGGCCUAAAGGCCUCCGUUUACACUCGGAAAAGGGGCUGUGAUAUCCUCAGGAACCCGUGCUUAAACAAGGGCUUGGCCUUUACAUUGGAAGAGAGACAACAACUGGGUAUCCAUGGUCUUCUGCCCCCUUGUGUUCUUGACCAGAAUGUACAGGUUCUUCAGGUGCUGAAGAACUAUGAAAUGAGAAAAGAUGACCUUGACCGGUACAUAUUUCUAAGUGCCCUUCAAGACCGAAAUGAAAAGCUCUUCUACAGAGUACUGACUUCAGACGUUGAGAGGUUCAUGCCCAUUGUUUAUACACCCACAGUCGGCCUGGCUUGUCAGAAUUAUGGACUUGCAUUUCGCAGACCAAGGGGUCUUUUUAUUACGAUCCAUGACCGUGGACAUAUUGCUACACUUCUGAAGUCCUGGCUGGAGAAUGAUAUUCGGGCUAUUGUCAUCACAGAUGGAGAACGUAUCUUAGGUCUUGGAGACCUUGGGAGUUAUGGAAUGGGCAUUCCAGUGGGUAAGCUAGCACUCUACACAGCAUGCGUUGGAAUGAAUCCCCAACAUUGCUUACCAGUGAUGCUCGACGUUGGCACUGAUAAUGAGGAGCUGCUGAAAGAUCCAUUAUAUAUUGGAUUAAGACAGAAGAGAGUGAGAGGUCGAGCAUACGAUGAUCUUUUGGAUGAGUUUAUGCAAGCUGUGACUGAAAGGUAUGGCCAGAACUGUCUUAUUCAGUUUGAAGAUUUUGCCAACACCAAUGCAUUUCGUCUUUUGAACAAGUACCGCAACAAGUACUGUACCUUCAACGAUGAUAUCCAGGGAACGGCUGCAGUGGCAGUUGCAGGUUUACUGGCAGCCUUGCGCAUCACUAAGAACAAAUUGUCAGAUCACAAGUUCCUGUUUCAAGGUGCUGGAGAGGCUGCCGUGGGAAUAGCAGAUCUCAUAGUGAUGGCAAUGGAGAAGGAAGAUAUACCUGAACAGCAGGCUCUUUCUAAGAUUUGGAUGGUUGACUCUAAAGGCCUCAUUGUUCAGGGGCGUGCCAACCUGACUGAGCAGAAAAUGAGGUUUGCUCACCCAUAUUCGGAGCUGACGAACCUGAGUGAUAUUGUUCGGUGUCUCAAACCUACUGCAAUUAUAGGAGUUUCUGCAAUUGGUGGUGCAUUUACAGAACAGAUCAUCAAAGACAUGGCAAGCUUCAAUGAGCGUCCAAUUAUAUUUGCAUUAAGCAAUCCAACCAGCAAAGCAGAGUGCACUGCUGAGCAAUGUUAUCAGUUGACUAAGGGCCAAGCUAUAUUUGCAAGUGGAAGUCCUUUUGACCCAGUUAGAUUGGAAGAUGGACGUGUGCUGUAUCCUGGCCAGGGUAACAAUGCUUAUAUUUUCCCAGGAGUUGCACUUGGGAUUGUAGCCUGUGGCGUGAGGCACAUCCACGAUGAAGUUUUUCUUAUUGCGGCAGAGACUAUAGUUGAGCAGGUACUUGAGGAACAUUUGGCUGAAGGUCGCUUAUAUCCUCCAAUGAAGGCCAUCAGAGCUACGUCCCUCGCGGUGGCUGUGAAGAUUGCUGAAUACGCAUUUAGAAAUGGAAUGGCGUCUCUGUACCCAGAACCUGAAGACAAAGCAGCUUAUAUCAACUCCCUUGUUUACAGCACUGACUACGAUGAAUUUCGAAUUGAUUCCUACUCCUGGCCUGAAAACGCCUCAACGAUUCAAACAUUGACAAAAUAAAAGCAGUUUCCCUAAGAGUCAAUCAGUUUAAGCCGUGUAGAAAAUUAAUCAUUAGAUCUGUGUUCUCAAUUUUGGAAUUUUACGGUUGUUUUAAUUUUGCUGCAACCAAAACUUACCUCUGUUAACCAAAGGAGACUUUUCAAUCAUUCAUUCAUGACACUAAUUUGCUGGCAAGUGGAGGAUAUUAAAUGUGACCUCCGCUGAAAUCUUUUCAUUUGCUCAGUUUGGUGCUGGUGAUAUUGGGAAUGGGUUGCCUGUCAUUUAAAGCAUAUUCAAUAGCAUUUCUGCAGGUGCUUUUCACACACAGUUCAUUGGAAGUACAAGGAGGACACCUAAAAGCAAACAGGCGAUUGGACCAUUCUGUUCCUGCUUCAAACUGGAUGAGUAAUUUUAAAGGCACAUUCUAGGGUCUGUCUUACGUAGUCAGAUCAGUUACUGACAGCAACAUUGGCACUGGUUUAUUGCUUUUACUUGAAAGCUUAAGUGGUGGGGACAGCAAGGGUAACGUUUCUGCCAAGUCAAUGCAGUACUGAGGCCCAGAUAAGAAAAGCCAAUAAGAUGACCUUAGGCUUCCCCCAGCCCCUUUGUUCACAACUCCCCUGCUGAGUUCAUCUUAUCCAUUCUGUGCGUGCUGAGAACUAUUUCCACAGGUCUCCUAUAGUGGCCUCUUUAUUGCCAACCUUCAUGGUGAAGCAAGCAUUUCCUGGCUGUUACGGAUGGGAAAUAGGCAAACAGCUUGCUUGUGAGGCCCAACUGUUAAAAUUGACCAAGCUUCCCAUUGUCUGCAGCCAAAUUCCUGGAUGCCCUUCUGUCCAAGAAUUAAAAUAGAGCCCACUCAUUUUUUCUGGUUAAAUAGUUUGACUGUUAAGUAACUACAGAAAUGUAAUGACAACUGCAGCAAUGCAAAUUGCUUUCUAAUACUAAAUGUAAGGGAAUGUGUAAUGAGGAAUCAGUUACUGCUGUUGGAAUUUCUGUUCUAGUUGCACAUAAAUUAUAUAUGUUUACAUUGCAGCAUGACAUUGAUUUUCUUUGGGAUAUAUUGAUGGAUACAAUGGCAGACUUGAAUUAGAGGAUGAUAUGCAUAUAGAAUCAAACUCUUUUUUGUUGUAAGAAUGUUAUUGGAAAUCAAAUGCCUUGCAAGUUUUUUUUCCCCAAAAUGGCAUGAAUGUGAUUGACUAUUUCAUAAGGAGCUGUUUCUUUCUCAUACUGAACAUGUGACUUUCACUGAUACGUUUGUUAAAGUGAUUAACUUGAAUUGCAAGAGACUAAAUUCAUUUAACACGAGAUUCUUCAGCCUUAAUUGUAAAUAUCAGAUGGUGGAAAAUUCAGGAGAACUGAUGUGUGCUUAUCAAGUGCGAUAUUUGGAUAUAAUGUUGCAGCUUUGAGCUUUUAAACCUCACCCCACCCAAGCAACAAUCACUUACACAUGUCUCUUGAAUUAUUAUGGAGCUCUUCCAUAUUUAAUAAUGAUCAAAAGGAUACUGUAUUUCAAAAAUGCUUGUAAUGGUUACAGAUUUCAGCAAAAAUCAGAAUAAAGUGGUUGGAAUAGAA